GACAUUCAUGCCGCUGAACACCUGGCAAGUGAAGUCAAGUCUUCACUCUCACAUCACAAAGCAAGUCCUCGACGCGACCUGCAGAAGCUGGAAGACUUGAACGCAAUAGAAGUGAUCGACAUAGAGACUAUCAGCCCGUACGGUAGACAGUCACUCUAGCUAGCAAACAGAAGAAGAUGUUUGGAGGCCCACUAAGCUCUCUCUACUACAAGGGCCUUUUCCCCUGUUGUCAAAAAGAAGAGGACAAGAAUGCACGUGAAGCCCUCCAGCAGAUCAAUCAAGUCGGGGAACGCAUCAUUUGGCAUCGACAACCACGCAAAAUCUCCGUAGAAAACGUCAAAAAGGCCGCCUUUUCCUUCUUUGGAAAGAAGAAAGAGGCGCAAGAAGAGGAGGACAAUAAUAAUCCGCUCAUCAAGGCAAAGUUCCAAUUGGUCGACAACUCGGAUGGAAUUCCAGAAAUUCGAGUGGGCAAACGAGGCGUCAACAAGUCCACGCAAGAUGACGACGACGACGACGAUUGGGAAUUUGGUGGAUUCGAAGAUGAAGAAGCCCCCGCCAAGAAAAAGAAACCCAAACGCAAUGACAAUAAUCUACAAAUCGACAUUUCACUCAAGAGAAUUCAUACUGUGGUGCCCGUGGACCAAGACUUGAUCCAACUCAACAUUCUAGAAGACAAUGGACAAAAAACAAAGGAGUGGAUCAAAUUCAGUGUGGAUGGACAACAAGAGCAGCAAGGAGCGCGGAACAUGUUUGUACACAAUCUACAGGUGCUCAUGGAAUGGGACAAAGUGAGAAGGAACAAUUGCGGCGAAUUAGAGUACAAUGAAACUUCGGCGGCGUCCUCACUCAGGGCACGAGCACAAAAGGCGGCGCAUUUCGCCAGAAGAGAAAUUGAAAUGAAACAAACCAAAAAGUCCAGAGAAGAACGGAAAGCCAAAUAUGUUCAGGAAAGCGGUGGUUUGAAGUACACCGCGUUGGCAAUGGCCAGAAAUGCAUCAGCAUCCUCCUAGCGAGUAUGACACGGUAGAGUAGAAUGGAAAUGAAAUAGAAUAACCAACUAAAACUCGGUUUGGUAGAUAG